CGUAAUCGUGGAUAUCCGUCCGAAUCUGGCCUAAUCAGGUAGGGUAAAAUCCGAACCCGAAGAACAUUUAGUGGGUACGGGUAAAACCCGAACCCGAAUAUUGCGGCUAAUGGGUGGACAUGGGUUUCUCACUAUCCAACCCGAACCCGCCCAAUUAUACACAUGCAUAUGUAUUUUGUCUAGAUAUAAUCAUUAUUUUUCUCCAACAUAUUUUAUAUUUAGCAUAUAAAUAUAAUAUUUUCAUGAAAUUGUGUUGUUUUAAUUAAUUUUCCUCAUUCUAGUGAAUUAUUGUCGUACUUUUCCUCUUACGUAAUGUAAGAAUACGUGUGAAUCUUAACAUAUUGGUUGGAGUUGUGAAGAGAAAUGAUUACCCGUGGAUAACCGUGGAUACCCGAAACCCGAACGGGUAUGGGCAUGGUUUUGAUUUUCUACCCAUUUCACAUAUGGGGUAUGGAUAAAACUCGAACUACUUUGGAUAGGAUAACGUAUAUGUACUAUCCACCCUGUCCCCAUCCGUUCCCAUCCCUACUUGGCAUCCAUUGAGGUGAGAAUAGGUUAAUGGUAUUAUGGGGAAUCCAUUACAUAGAUUCUUUAUAAUUGUGUUUCAGCACAACAAAUUUGACAAUGUAAACCUCUUUGAAAGUAAACACACUUGUCGAACCACAUAAUCUCAUGUCUUCCGGGUGAUUACUUGCUUUCUCCUUCCGAUGGUAUGAUAUUGGAGAGCUUAUAUGCUAGAAUGCUACCGAUAAUCUAGUUUUGAAGCAAUAAUCUAAUAUAUGAUUCGGAAUGGAAUAAAGGGAGACGUGUUAAUAAUAAAUCUUACACCACUCAACAACUCGAAUUAUUGAGAGAUGUUUAAUAAUAAAUCUUAUACCACUCAACAAAUAAUAGAAAUAAUUUGAACCCGUUUCAGUGAAUAUUACCCGAUUUGACACGUAUUAGAAAAUAAUUUGAACAACUCGUUUGCUUGUUGGAUUUGAAAAUAAAGGAUUUGAGUUUUGAAACCCUUUGAAUUUAUGAUGGAUUUAUUGCAUUUUGUAUUUGAAAGAUAACAUUGUUUGUUUAGUUGAAUUUUUGUUAUGGAUUCAGUUCAUUUGGUAUUUGGGUCUCUAAAAUUUGUCUUUCAUAAUGUGGUAUUUGCAAAUACGUGGAGUCAACAGAUUUGAAGCUAAAAAAAAGAUCCACGGAUUUGAAUACUUCAACAAACAAUGUUCUUUUAUCAAAUACAACGUACUUGAUAUUUGGGUGUCAAAUACAACACCCAAUUCUCACAAACAAACGACCCCUUAGAGUAAUUCACAAUCCACAAAAGUGUAGAGCGAGACAUGGAUACUCCUUUUGCCUGCCCUGCCGCCCAAUUGGACAAUAGUGGUCCAGGUCUCCAACUAUAUCAUGGUACUUGGUUGACCAGAAAAAAUAAAAGCUUUUCAUAGACUUAAAGCUGACAUUUUUACAGCCAGUAUUGAGUAUACAAUCUCCUCUUGGCUCUUGGCCUCUGGCUGUGAAACAAACUGUGGACUAACAGAUGGAACUCCCAUCACCAAGAAGAAAUCUUAUCUUGUUUGAUUCCACUCCACCCGCCCUAAAUUCAGCAGCAGUCAGAAACUAACAGACAAAGAAAAAGAUAAGAAGGUAGUAGAACCCUGGGAACCAGAUAGCUACCGCCAGAGUGAGAGAGAGAGAGAGAAAGGGGAAGAGAUGGGUAUGGCGGCUUUGAAUGUGGCGUCGUCAUCACCGUCGCCACUCUGCAGCUUCUCUUCCAUGCACAGUCUUAACAACCAUGAACAUUGUAACAUUAACAAUGUUUGUGGUGCACAUUCGGGAGGUGAAUGGGUCUCCAUUAAGAUUACGAAUAGUAAUUGCAAAUUGCUUCCUUUCCUUUGCUCUUCCCAUUCCUCUGUUCCAUCGACGAAACUCAAGUCGGCAGUGGCUCGAUCUUUCAAGCCCUCUCGGAUAACAACCCAUCUCUCGAAAUCAGGUGGCCAAGGAUGUUCAUGGAUUCAGGACAACUCCAUUCACAUGCAUCAGAAUCCUAAUUCCAGCAGGAACUGCAGAAGGGGUUCAGUGGAUUCAGCUUUCCCAUCUGGAACUGCAGAAGUUGCUUCUGUGGAGAACCUUUUCGAGUACAUAUGCUCAGGUCCUCUUCUAGGCAAGAUAGGUUUAACCGCGGAAACAAUUGCCGAGUCAAUCGACAAGUGGAUACUGUAUGGAUCGCUCUUGUGCCGAUUGUUCCAGCUGAGUGACAUGUACCUCACCGAUCCUCAGAGAAAAAGGUUUUACCAUUACUACAUCCCGGUUUUCAUAUGGUGCGAGAAUCAGAUUUCCAAGCAUGCUUCCCAGUUCAAAGAUGGAGAGGACAUACCUCCACUAGUGAUUGGUUUUAGUGCACCUCAAGGUUGUGGAAAGACUACUCUUGUUUCUGCUCUUGCCCAUCUCUUUGAUGUCACUGGAAGGAAGUCAGCAACAAUAUCAAUAGAUGAUUUCUAUUUGACAGCAGAGGAUCAGGGUAAGCUGAGAGAAGCAAAUCCGGGAAAUUCACUUCUAGAGCUACGUGGAAACGCUGGGAGCCAUGAUCUUCCAUUCUCAGUUGAAACACUGACUUCACUUUGCAAAAUGACUAAAGAAGGUAUGAAGAUGAAGCUACCCCGCUAUGAUAAAUCUGCAUACAAUGGAAAAGGCGAUAGAGGCAAUCCUUCUGCUUGGCCAGUGGUCGAAGGGCCAUUAACAGUGAUUCUGUUUGAAGGUUGGAUGCUUGGGUUCAAACCCCUUCCGGUAGAAGCUGUUCGAGCUGUUGAUCCACAGUUGGAGAUAGUGAACAAGAAUCUCGAAGCAUACUACGAUGCAUGGGACAAGUUUGUGGAUGCUUGGGCAGUCAUUAAGAUCCAGGACCCAAGUUGUGUUUAUCAAUGGCGACUGCAGGCAGAGAUUGCUAUGAGGGAAGCAGGAAAACCUGGGAUGACUGAUGAAGAGGUCGAGGAUUUCGUCUCCAGGUACCUGCCGGCAUACAAGGCUUACUUACCAGUACUUUACGCUGAAGGACCAAAGGGGUCGACUCCUGAGAAUCUGCUGGUUAUUGAAAUUGAUGAAGGCAGGAAUCCCAUUCUGGAGAACUAGCUUGUUAAUAGUGUACGAAUGAUGAAAUUAUCCUUUGUUUGAAGCUGAAGAAAAAGUCCGUUGAUCGUAAAAAAGUGGGAAAUGGACUAUUCUUAGGUUGAGUAUGGUUUUGGGCCGCCUCCCCUUGGGCUUCAGAACCGUCCAUGUGGGCUGUCCCAAACUUCUCGGCUUGCUCAAAUUCGAUAUUAGCGCAUUCACUUCACUAGCUUUCUUAUCUCCAAAAUGUAUAAAUAAGAGAUAAAAAAAAAAAAUUGUA